AACCUUAACCCUAACAACCCUAACAACCCUAACCCUAACAACCCUAACCCUAACAACCCUAACAACCCUAACCCUGUAACAAAUGUAAAUUAUAGAUACUUUUUGUAUAGAAUUUAAAGACAAAACUGAGUAAAAUUUAAAUAAACCUUUAGGAUUGAAACAUGUCCUUUAGAUUAAUAUAUUAUAUUAUUAAUAUUAUUAAAUAUUAUAAUUUUGGUUCUCAUUUUAGUUUCUGUGGAAAACUACAUAUUAAAAAUAAAGGCUUGUGUUUGGUCACUGAUUAUCUUUUAAUCCUGAUCUCAAACUUUUAGUCUCUGGAGGUGUAAAGAUAGAGAGAAAGAGGGGGGGGGGGUUCCUCACAUGAUAGUGAUUAGGGACAGAGGCAUGGGACAGUCUGAUCUAUAUGGGAUUAUAUUACACACACACACACACACACACACACACACACACACACACACACACACACACACACACACACACACACACACACACACACACACACACAGCUGCAGGACCAAAUGAGGUGAUUGGUGAGUUUCUGGAAGGGUUUCAGAGAAUUCUUCUGUAGUAAAUUUGUAAGAUUCAUCGUUUAAGAAGAGCGAGAGACAGAGAGAGAGAGCCACAGAGAGAGAGAGAGAGAGAGACAGAGAGAGAGAGAGAGAGAGAGAGCCACAGAGAGAGAGAGAGAGAGAGAGAGCCACAGAGAGAGAGAGACAGAGAGAGAGAGAUAGAGCGAGAGAGAGAGAGAGAUAGAUAGAUAGAUAGAUCUGUUACUCAGAGAAUCUACCACAAGUUGAAGAGAACAAGUGUGUGAUGGACAGGUCAGCAGUGUGGGCGGAGCCUCUGCACAGGUGCAUGCUGGUCCUGACCUGUACGCUCCUGCUGUGUGAGGUCAUCGCUGGACAUCUGUGUAACUCGCUCAUGAACACAGUGGACAGCUUCCACACCCUCUACAUCCUCAUUGACAUGAUCACCUCCCAGCGAGGUUCUGAGGAGAACCCUGGUGUCUCCACACAACCUAGGACAACAGAAUCGGGGGAGGAGUCGUGUCCCAACCUCUGUGCUGAGGAGAGCCACACAUCUCCUCUGUCUGAUGGAUCUCAGUAUGCUAGGAUCCGCCUGCAGCCAGUCGGAGGUCUGAUCUCAGCUCUGAUGCUCUCUUCACUCUGUGUGUCUUUCAGCUUUCAUAUCUUCAGCCACACUCUGCAGCCUCAGCCCAUACAGCACCCUCUACUGGCCACGGCUGUGGGUGCAUGCAGUCUGCUGUUUAAUCUUCUGCUGCUGGUGUGGAGAAGAGCCAGACGGACAGAUGCAGGAGAUAAAGAUCUCCGAAAAGGUGGGACAGAAGCUCCUUUAACUCCAGCGGGUUCUCCUCAGGGUAGAGUGCUGAUGUUCUGUAACCCCGGAGUGCCCAGUGUUCUCCAUCCAGACUCUCAGGACCAGACCUUUCCUCCUCACAACAUCUCCGUUUCCCAUGAUGCAGCAGGUGACAUCAGUGAGUGCAUCAGGAACAUCAUCACAGUGUUCCACAGCCUCCUGGGUUCUGCUCUCAUUCUUCUGAACGGAUUACUUCACCUUCUCAGCGUGAGGUUCCAGGAGAGCUGGGGUGUGACUGUGUACCUGGACCCAGGGUUCUCCAUGCUCACCACCCUGGUUCUGAUAGCAGUGGUGGUUCCUGAGCUCCGACGUCACGUCUUCCUCCUGCUGCAGGCAUGUCCAGCAGGCCUGAGCACGGAGGAGCUGGCGGUGGAGAUCGGAGGUGUCCCUGGUGUCUUAGCCGUGCACGAGCUCCACGUCUGGCAGCUCACUGAGACAUGCAUCGUGGCAUCGGUGCAUGUUUACUGGCCAUCAAGUCUGAGUGCACUCGAAUGUUCUCAACUCCUGAGGAGCAUCACAGAGGUGCUGAGGAGGUUCGGGGUGAAGCGCUGCACCAUACAGCCUGAGUUUCUGACCUUUGACCCAGAGGACGCUGCGUUGCGGCCAGACUGUGCACUGCACUGUGGGAAAGCGUGUGUGAGGAAGAUGUGCUGUUUACCUCCAGAGGAACGUUUCAGCUCCACAUCUGUCCACGUGACCCACAGUUAGAAGCAGGAGGUCAUCAGGACACACACUUAUAACACUGAUGUGAAAUAUUCCUGCUCUGUCACUCACAGAUCUCUGCUCAUGUUUGUCAGAAAAUAUUCUCCAUUAAACAGGAAUCAAAGUUUU